AUGGAUAAGAUCAAGGAGAGAAUGAACACCCUCCGCCUCGAGGCCGAGGAUGCUCAGGAGAAGGUCGAGGAGCUCAAGGGCAAGGUGAAGACGGUGGAGCAGGAGAACCUGGCCAAGGAGCAGGAGAUCACAUCCCUCACCCACCGGAACCAGCUCCUUGAGGGUGAGGUCGAGAAACUCGAGGCCGCCCUCAAGGAGGCCAAGGACGCCGCCAACCAGAGCGCCCAGCACGAUACUCAGAACGAAGCCCUCCAGAGACGUCUGCAGCUGCUGGAAGAGGAGGCUGAGGAGGCCGACCGGAAUCUCCGGGAGACCAACGAGAAGCUCCGCCAAACCGACGUCAAGGCUGGUCACUACGAACGGAAGGUGCAGGCUCUCGAAGCGUCCCGUGACCAGUGGGAGAGCAAGUACGAGGAGAUGGCGAAGAAACACGCCGAGUUGCAGAAGGAUCUGCACGACCUCGAGGUCUCCAUCAGCAAUGUCUAA